CGCCUUUUCGGCGACUCUUGUGUUUUCGUGUUCCGCGCCCAAACAGUUAAAAUUCCGGUAAAUUUCUACGGCAAACCACGGAACCAUGAGCGAUCAACCAUCUUCCACGUCCGACCUCUCGGACAAGGACCGCCUCCGCAUCGAGGCAAACCGCCAGCGAGCCCUGAAUCUGCGGCUGGCCCGCCUAACGGCUCAUCCGUACGGGGCGGCCAAAUCCCGGCCGCCGGAAACGGCCGUGGCGGUCAAAAGUCACGGCGUCAACGUUAUCAAAGUGUCCGGUUCCAAGUUCAUCGACAGCGGGGGAGGUUUCCUGAUCGAGCAACGAACGGGCGGUUCCAAGGAGGAGGAACCAAGCGUGGACGAAAAGGAACCGGAAGUGGACUCGGUUCCGCUGCCGGUGGAAUUUGACGAGUGCUUGGAGUGCGGUGACCGGUUCGCCGAUUCGUGGCUGAUGGCCACGUUCGGGUACAAGGUUUGCGAUGCCUGCCGGGACAACGAUGGGAAGCAUUCGUUAAUUACGCGGACGGAAGCCAAGCAGGAGUAUCUGCUGAAGGAUUGCGACCUGGACAAGCGCGAACCGGUGCUGAAGUUUAUCAGCCGCAAGAAUCCGCACAACGUGCGCUGGGGCGAGAUGAAACUUUACCUACACAUCCAGAUCGAAGAACGGGCGCUGCAGGUUUGGGGCUCGGAGGAGAAUCUGGUCAAAGAGAAGGAACUGAGGGACGAGAAGCGGGAGGUCACCAAGGUCAAGAAGUACAACAAGCGGCUGAAGGAACUGCGGAUGGACAUGCGAAGCAGUCUGUACGAUAAGCGGGAGACCAGUAAGGCACACACGCACGCCUGGGACGAGGACGAAGUUUACAAUGAAGAGGAGGACACGUACACCCGGAAGUGUGAAUCCUGCGGACAUCAAGAAACGUACGAGAAGAUGUAAUUGCGUUUUUUUUCUGUUUAACUGUUUAUUUUUGAUAUUCUUUUGUUUUUCGUCACCGGUGAACAUUUCUCAGUGCAUAUUUUGUAAGUUUAGCAUUAAAACUGUUUAUUCAAUAUAAGUUUUCUUUCCUAAAUGUAACAACUAGUUGAA